AUGACGGUCAACAAACCUGCCAGCCAGGCGGAUGCACGCCGUGGCACUCAAGCACACUCCUCAGUCCUCAUCGUGGGAGCUGGCAAUUUCGGUGCUUCCGCUGCUCUGCACUUUGCUAAGCAGGGCACACCGGUGACCUUGGUUGACACUGCACACUACCCCAACCCCAGAGCAGCCUCCCAUGACAUCAACAAGAUUGUCCGCGAUGACUAUCCGGACACGCUCUACAUGGAGCUGCUCCGCAAGGCCAUGCCGUUGUGGCGGAAGGAUAAGCUCUACAGCCCGUGGUAUCACGAGGUCGGCAUGCUGAGGGCAGACCCAUCGAAUUUCGGGGACAAGAGCAUGCAGGCCUACCGGGAGGUUGGCAUUGCGAACGACUCGCGCUACAUGACUGUGGAGGAAGUCCGGGAGCGCUGGGAGGCGUACUCGACCUCCAACUUUGACGGCCUGAGCAAAGUCUUGUACAACCCAACGGUUGGCUUUGCCGAGGCUGACAAGGCACUCGGUGCCGUAGUGCAGGCGGCCAUCGACGCAGGCACCCACUAUGAGAUUGGCGAAAUGUCAUCCCUGGCACUGAGUCCUACGGGAGAAUGCAGGGGCAUCCAUCUGAAGGAUGGACGCACUCUAUAUGCCAAUCAGAUUCUCAUGGCCACGGGCGCGAGGACACCUGCCCUCCUCGCGCAGAGUGCUCCGGGGAACAAAGACCUGCACAUUGGUGACCGCUUGGUGGCCACAGGCGCCGUCAGCUUCCACGCCAAACUUCACGGCGCGCAGAAGGACAAGUUUGCAGCUGUCCCGGUGCUGAAGAACUGCAUGCCACAGGUGAAGGGUGAGGGCAUGUCUAUCCUCCCAGACGGGACAAUCAAGUUCAACUGCGACAUGUGCUUCACCAACUAUCAAACAUUGCCUGCCACGGGUGAGAAGAUGUCUCUGGUUCCGGAGAGCAACUUCUUCAACACGUGGACUGACCGGAAGUUUCUCGACUUCUUCGAGAGACGUGCGCGCAUGACCAUCAACGGGCUGUACGGAGACGAGGUCAAGAAUGUCCCCAUUGAUGCGUACCGGAUGUGCUGGGAUGCUUCCACGCCGACUCAUGAUUUCCUCAUCACGGCGCACCCUCACUCCCAAAAUCUCUACAUUGCCACCGGUGGCUCCUUCCACGGUUGGAAGUUCCUGCCCGUCAUCGGGGACUACAUCGUCCAGCUAAUGGAGGGUACCUUGGGCGCUGAGCUCACCGACCGCUGGGCCUGGGACAAGAAGGGCGGUGAUGGCCACUCUGCGAACCCCACGUACCAGGUCGUCGGCGACUUGCAGGAUUGGACUGAUGACAUUGAGUACGCGUAG